AUGGGUGACAUAGCCAUACAGGAUACUGCAUUACAGUCGUUUAAUCAAAUUACAGGUGACACGAAAACUGUUGGGCUGAGGUCAUCAAAAUAUUCUCCACAAGAAUGGGUAUCACAUUUCAAGAGUAGAUUUGGUCAAGCUGAAAAUGAUUGUGAGCAGUCAGAACGUGUAAAUGAUUACACAAAAUCUGUGAUUAACAGCACAAGUGCACUGACGAGCAAACUUCAAGCAGAAUCCACGAAGCGGCUGAAAGAAAGAUUUCAUGAUAUAUUGUUUUGGAAACAAGAACUGGAGAGAGAAAUAAAUGACAUAAUUCAUGAAACUUCUAUUUUGAUUAAUGAGAAGAACAGGUUACAAAGCUUUCUCAUCGAAACCGAUGUUCCACUUCAAAUAGCAAGUGAAAACCUUAAUACCAGAGAGUAUAGAAGAGGAAUCGACAAAGUUAUGGACCCUGUAGAAACAGAAUUGCACGCUGAAGUGGAACUCAUAAAAAAUAUCCAGGGACUAACCAAAAACGCUAUCAAACAGGCUGAAAAACAGAUAUUACAAAAUCGUGCUGUCAAAGAAACUCUAGAAAUUAACUGGAGCGACAAGAAAGAAGCUGAUGAAAUAGAUGCGAAAGCUGGUAGUUUGAAGAAUUGUUCUACAAACAAACAGUUUUACGCUGGAGUUGCUUUAUAUCAGGAGAACAUGUCAACUGUGGAAAGUUGGGCAAAAGAUGCAAACGAAGUAAUUACACAAGCAGAGGCCGAACGUCUCGCUAGCGUUGAAUUACGUUCACUGAUAUCACAUUUGAUCGUGGACACAUCACGUGAAAUGAGGCAGCAAUUCGAUCGUGUAAACUCAGCUUUUCAAGAUAAUUUAAACCAGCUGAUUGCGGUUAAAACAAAUUUGGAGGAGAAUCUGAAGAAUGUAUUAUGUGAAAUAUCUUUAAUGGAACAUAAUUUAAAUGAAUUAAAGGAGGCGAUUCGUGCUAAAGAUGAUCCCUUGAAAUGUGCUCAAACACGGUUACAUCUUCGUACAUUCAGACCGAAUAUGGAAUUAUGUAAAGAUCCAGCAUCUGUAAGCUUGGUCGAAGAAGUUAACGUAUUAGGACAAACGUUAGAUAAAUUAUUGCAUCAAUAUUCAACAGUUGAAAAUAAACUGAAGGAUUUACAUGAUACUCAAAUGAUGCUUGAAAAGGAGAUUGAACUAAAAACUGAAACGAUUCAUCUUAAUGAGGUGGGAUGUAUACCAAGAAGAGCAUAUUAUCCUUCAGCCGCACAACUGCAAGGAUAUUAA